GUACUGCGGAGUUAGCACGUCUCCGAGUAGAGGGCAGCUUGCGGAGUCACCGCCCCGCCGUGUGUGUGAGUAAUGCAUUCUUCAUCACAGCCUCAGGAUGUUCAAGUUAGUGCUACUGCUCCUGACACUGUCAGGCCUCCAAGCUGUCCCAAUCAAAACCCCCAGAGGUUUGCAGAAGUCUUCAAGUGAUGUCCAUCAAUCUGUUCCUGAUGGCUUUAGACAAGCCGAUGCUGAUGUUCCGGUCCAAAGGAGUGGUGGUAGUUGGGUCCGUGUGGAAAAUCCUUCUCAUCUCCCAGAUGGUUUCAGACAGGGAACUGAACCCUCUAUGAAACUCAGAGAUGGCUUCAGGCAGGGAACCGAACCCUUUAUGAAACUCAGAGAUGGCUUCAGGCAGGGAACCGAACCCUUUAUGAAACUCAGAGAUGGCUUCAGGCAGGGAACCGAACCCUUUAUGAAACUCAGAGAUGGCUUCAGGCAGGGAACCGAACCCUUUAUGAAACUCAGAGAUGGCUUCAGGCAGGGAACCGAACCCUUUUGAAACUCAGAGAUGGCUUCAGACAGGGAACCGAACCCUUUAUGAAACUCAGAGAUGGCUUCAGGCAGGGAACCGAACCCUUUUUGAAACUCAGAGAUGGCUUCAGACAGGGAACCGAACCCUUUAUGAAACUCAGAGAUGGCUUCAGACAGGGAACCGAACCCUUUAUGAAACUCCAAGAUGGCUUCAGACAGGGAACCGAACCCUUUUUGAAACUCCAAGAUGGUUUCAGGCAGGGAACCGAACCCUUUAUGCCUCUCCGAGAUGGCUUCAGACAGGGAACCGAACCAUUUCUGCCUCUCCAAAGAGGCUUCAGACAGGGAACCGAGCCCUAUUACAGUUUCAUCCAAAGAGCAAAAGUAGCAUGUCAGGGGGAGAUUAUCAACAACAAGUGCUAUGAGUUCAACCCUACACCGCUGUCCUUCAAGGAUGCUCAGGCCAAAUGCAGAACUCUUGCCCCACAUGCCGAGCUUGCUUCUGUAACCAGUGGUGAUCUGCAUUCCGAUCUGAUUUCCCUGGUGACCAAGGGUGGUAAGAAGAGCCCUGUGCUAACCUGGCUGGGAGCCACAGUCGAGAACCAAGAGGCGUCAUGGGUGGACGGGUCAGAGUGGGGUUUUAGCGACUGGACGCCAGGUCACCCUAACAUUCACACUGACAAACCUGUCUGUGUGGAGAUGUUCGAGCUAGACAACAGCCGGUGGACUACUGCCAACUGUGAUCUGAAGAGAGCGUCCAUCUGUACGUACAUGAUUCCUACGUAAGAAAAAUUGCAAAGAAGCAACGUGAGACGGGCUCGCGGGUAUCAUUUCCUACGAUACCUUUGUGUCCCCUGCCACAAGCUCUGAUUGCGGAUUCUUGAAUAAAAACACAGCAUAUUA